AAAUUAAAAUAAGAUUCUUUGCUUCCUCUAAAGACUACUUGUAAAACACAUUUUAUCUUGCUUCUUUGCAUGUCCUAUUCACCUUUUAUAAAUAUGGAGAAUGAAUAACUACACUGCCCAUCUAUCUUCAAUCACAUUACUAUAAGAGAAAGACAUUUCAACUCAUUUUUCAAGUUUCAAGAAAUGGAAAAUAGGCUAAACCAAAGAAGAGUGUCAUUUUCUAGUCCACAAUCAAAUAAACAAACAGGAGAUGAUGAAUUUGAAACUGCAGUAGCAGCUGCUGCAUUUUCUAUUUAUUCAUUAGAAGAAGCAGGGAUACUUGAUUUGAAGAAAAUAAGAGAUAGUCAAAAGUUUUCAAAGAACCAAUCUAUGAGAGGAAAAGAGGAGAAUAUACCAAAGCAACCAAGUUAUGGUGAAACUUCAAUGAAAAUGGCAUUUAGACAAGAAACAAGGACAAGAGAAGGUGCUUUACCCCUUAGAAGUUCUAGUGGUAUAUCCCCAAUUGGAGGGUAUCAAAAGCAAAAAGGGAUUAUAAUACAUAACAAAAAUGAUAAGGCAAAAGCAGAAGCUUGGGAAAAGGCUAAGAUCCAAAAGAUUCAAAAGAGGUAUGAGAAGAUGAAGCUCCAAAUCCUUUCUUGGGAAGGUGAGAAAAGAAUCCAAGCCAAAAUCCAAAUGGAAAGGAAAAAGAACGAAUUGGAUCACCAAAGAGAAAAUGUAAUAGAACAUUACAAGAGAAAGAUAGCAAGGUUAGAUAUGAUUGGACAAAGAGCAAUUAAGGAGUUGGAAGAUGAAAGAAGAAAAGAAGAGUUGAAAGUCAAAGAAAAAGCUAACAAAAUCAGAAAAACAGGCAGGAUGCCUGUCACAUGUUUCUGUUUCAAGUCUCUCAAAUUUCAUAUUUAAGGUCAAUUCAAAUUGUUAUGGUUGUAAGACAUGGGUUAUGAGUUAUUCAAUAAAUUGAACUUAUAAUAUUAUGAACUAAUUCACAU